AUUGCCACAAGCCGCACCAGCCUUGUCUUACCGAUGUGGAUGAUGGAAUCAGCGGUCGUCAGGUCCCAGGUUCGAGACCACCAGAGGGACAGAAACAAGAGCAAGGGGAAAACUUCCAUCCUCCGAUGCAGAUCUCCCUUGACCACGACUUUGCUUCCAAUAUGUAGAUAUUCUUUUAACCGGUCCACAGAGUUUGAGGUCACGACAGAGUUGAGUGCAGCUUUCCCACUAAUUUCCAAAUCCCUCUCGCCAGUGCACAGUCUUUCUUAGUCGCCGAGGAGGCACAGGCGACCCGAGAGCUAGCACAGCCGGAGGCAGCCUCCUCCCAAGCCCUGUCACUCGGAGGGGAAUUUUGGCAUCGCCAGAGUUGUUUGCAGUUGGGCUUUUUAAAAAUGUAUCCAGCCUUGGCUGCUCUCGGACAGGGGGCGAGGCUGGCGCUCAGACGGUGGCCGUGGCCGCGCGGGGGCCGCGGUGGCGGGUCCCAGCUCCGCCGCAACUUGGGCACCCCCGCGCCGGAUGUGCCCGCGCCCUCCCCCGCCGCCGAGCCCCUCCACCCCGGGCCGCGCGCGGUCGUGGCGCCUCGCGGCCAGCUCUCAGUGCCACGGGAGACGAGGAGGAUGCGAGCGGAGCCGCCAGAUUCCAGCGGGGAGGGGGAGGCCCGCUCCGGGAGGGGUGAAAAAAGUGAACUUGAAGGUAAUGCAGAUAGUAAUGCAGAGAAGACUCCCCUCCUGCUCGAGGCCGGCCCCGGAGCUGGCGCGGCGGGCCCGAGCCGCUCCGCGGGCGCGGUGGCGGGGGAGUCCGCCGGGAGCGAGCAACGGGCCAGGCCGGCGCGCGGAGCCGCGGCUGCAGGAUGCUCCGGAGCCGCUCGCCCGGCGGGAUGCGGGAAGCCAACAGCAGCCUGGCAAGCUCCGCUGCAGCCCCACGUUGCCUAGAAAUGGAUCACCUAGGAGAAGCGAGUCCGCAAGAGAGCGGUGCUGUCAGGCGGAGAAGGGAACGGAGAGAGGAAGAGCUUCUAAUAACCACCUCCUCCCCCUAUCUGCAAUACAAGGGAGAAACAAAACCGCGCUCUCAAUUCCCUGGGAAUCUUCACCCGGACUGAGAAAGGCAGGACUCACUCACAGUGAAGUCCCCCCACCUGCCUUAGUGUUUUCUUCUUUUUCUUUUUUUCGAGGUUAAAAGCAACCUAAAAAAGCCACCCCACUUAUUUAACCUUGCUAUCCCCCAACAGAGAGCUCUAGUUGUUGAAUUUCUGAAUCUAGAACCAGUGCUUCCAAGAAGUCAUCACUGCCUGUAUUUCCCAAUCAAUUUGCAUCAACUCUUUAUCCCCACCCCCAUGAGUACACAUGAAUUAUGUUCAUGUUAUUAUUUGAUGUCAUUCCACUAUUCAAAGCAUUCUGAUGUACUUUCACGAAUGUUUGUACAGAUAAUGAGAUUUUUUUUUUUUAAUGGAUGUGUUUCCCCAAGACACACAGGGUCAUUUUAAAAGCAAGUGAGUCACUGUGUAUUUUAUCAAGAAAAAAUUGUGAAGUCAUCAUUUAAGAUGGGCACAACAAUAUCAUAUCUUAGGAUCAGAGAGGAAAAAAAUAGAAGUGAAUGAUAAUUGAUACUUCAUGGAUUUUCUAAUCUGAGACUGUCUUCACUGAAGAUUGAUUGUGAUUGGAACACCAGUGACAUAGAGAAGUUGUAGAAAGUGUGAGCAGCUUCAAGAUGUAAAGAUCAUGGAAAUUCAGUGUUAAUGGAAUUUCAGAGCCUGAUUUAUUCAGUUUCUUGUUUUUCUCUCUAAAUGAGGAUAAGGAAACUCAGUCCCAGAAUUUGUACUGAUAUCUCUUAGAAAAAAAAAAUGUGAACUUAGAAAACACAGUUUGGCUUUUGUAUA